CCAGUGAGCGACAGCAACCGGAGGCGGAAACGGCGAAAAGCGCAGCUAGCAACCGACAUAGCUUACGUGGUCCAGAUGCCAGGAGAGAUUUCUCUACAGGUUCUUUUGAUAUAGGGGAUUUGUUCCGUUACAGGGUUCGUUCAUGUCAUUUUGCGGAGCCCACAACGGCGGCCGUCGCAGCAAAUGGGACCAGCCGGGGCCUGGCUCGGGCUCGGGCUCCGGCGGCAUGGGGGAGGCUGAAGCUGCUCCCACCGGGGCUCUGGACGCCGCAGCUGCGGUGGCUGCCAAAAUUAACGCCAUGCUGGUGGCAAAGGGCAAACUGAAACCCUCGCAGAUCGGAGCGCCGGGGCCUCCGGAUAAGGUCGUGGGUCUUGGAAAGCCACCAGCGCCAGUAAAAGCCAAAGACGACUUGGUGGUAGCGGAGGUCGAGAUCAACGACGUUCCGAUCACCUGCCGCAACCUCCUGACACGUGGACAAACGCAGGAUGAGAUCAGUAAAGUGAGUGGAGCUGCGGUUUCAACCAGAGGGCGUUACAUGGCAGCGGAGGAGAAAAGCAAAGCUCUGCCAGGUGAUCGGCCUCUAUAUCUACAUGUCCAAGGACAGACUAGAGAGCUUGUUGACAGGGCAGUUAAUAAAAUCAAGGAGAUAAUCACUAAUGGUGUGGUUAAGGCUGCAACUGCAUCAUCAUCAUCCUCCUGUUCAUCCUUCUCUACAAGUGGGGCUUCAGUAACCGUUUACCAGCAGCACAACGUACCUCCGCCCUCACUGCCUUCCAUGAAUCACAACAAGCCACACUUUCAGUCUGGUAUGCACUAUGUACAAGAUAAAGUCUUUGUUGGCCUGGAACACGCUAUCCCAGGGUUUGUGGUGAAGGAGCGGGUCGAGGGUCCUGGAUGUACAUACCUACAGCACAUUCAGGCUGAGACUGGAGCUAAAGUCUUCCUCAGAGGAAAAGGUUCAGGUUGUUUAGAGCCUGCCUCUGGACGAGAGGCUUUUGAGCCUAUGUACAUUUACAUCAGUCAUCCUAAACCAGAGGGACUUGCAGCAGCAAAAACACUGUGUGAGAACUUGCUUCAAACAGUCCAUGCAGAGUAUUCUCGCUUCUUAAAUCAAAUGAGCACAGUGAUGCCAACACAACAAGGUUUUGCACAGCCUCCAGUGGUGAAUGGGUUCCCUCCGCAGCCGCCCUACUACACCCCUGCUGGAUACCAGCCAGGCUACCCCAUGCCUGUACCCCCACCCCAGCCGCAAGCUGUCCCCCCACCUUAUACGGUCCCCCCUCCUAUACCUCCUGCAGCAAGCACAGCUGUGCCUCCUCAGUACCCCCUCCCUCCUACUCCAGCUACCGCUCCUGCUCCAGCUCCUGCUCCAGGCGCUAUGCCACAGACUCUCGCUGCUGUGCCCUUCCCUCCAUCGACUGCAGUGCCGCCCAAAGCAGCUCCACUCACUGCUACUCCAACCAACCCACCACAGAAAAGACGCUUCACAGAGGAGGUACCAGAUGAGAGCGACAGCGGCCUACUGGGCUACCAGCAUGGACCCAAUUAUAUGACUAAUUUAGGUGCAGGCUUCUCAGUGGGCAGCCCAGAGAUCACAGGACCCCCACCAACAUGUUCCUCUGGUCCAGCGAGUGAGAGGGACAGCAGGCAGCUGAUGCCUCCACCACCCAUGCCUGUGAAUGGAGUCAGACCCAAGAUGGAGGAGAGGAGAGUGCCACAAGGCGUCGUGGAGCCUGCAGUGAAAAGAUUAAAAACAGGUCUAGUGGCUUACACCGGUGACUCUUCUGAUGAAGAGGAAGACCACUCUUCAUCUAAAGCCUCAGGGCCAGGUAACCCUGAGACCUUUCUCCCCACCUCCUCAAGCUGGACACAGGGCUAUCGCUGCCCUCCUCCACCACCUCCACGUGGUAAAGCACAGCCGCAGCAGCCAUCUAUUCCUUUCUGGAUGGCCCCCUGAACCUGCACAGCUCUUGCCUCCCUCAGUAUUUUGUACUAAGUAUAACAGGAUGUUGAAUCAAAACUGAGCCUGUACUUUUUCCAGCAUUCAUCACCCAUUCAUCCAAUGAAUGACUUUGCUAUGCGUUGGUAUCUGGAUUACUUUAGUACUUGGUUCCAAAAGGACAUCUCAUCUAAUGUUUUGGAAAACUCCUGUUUUUUUUGUUUUCCUUUGUCAAUGCACGCAUAGUUUGAAGGAGGACAUUUACUCCAAACUAUGGUGGAUGUAUAGAUGCAGUUCAGAUAAGUGAUGUUCUGCCCCUAGUGUCAUGUUAAGUGAAAUAGCCCGGGCAGAUAAAAUGCUUGAAUGGUGUGUUUGUUUAAACAGUAUGACGCAGCAAUGAUGUUGUACAUCGCUCAUCAAUUUUCAUUUUCACCACCUUUGGUUUUUCUGUCCAUCUUUUCCUGUUCUGGUCUUUUUGUACAGAUCACAUUGAAUCAAUACGGCAGUUAACCUUUUGAAUUAGGUGCUCUUAAAAAAUAAACUUAAUUUAUUGCUGUG